CCCUGGGUCCUUGGCGGCCGGGUGCUGGCAGGAGGGGGCAGGGCGAAGCGAAGGCCCCGGGAUCGAGAACAGUGGGAGAGCCAGGCUCGGUGGGGCGAGGCCCAGGGCCGGGCGGGGCGAUGGAGGAAGCGCUGCUCUCCACCCCCAUCAACCCCAACAACUUCCCCGCCAAGCUGUGGCGGUUGGUGAACAGCCCCCGGUACAGCUCGAUCCGCUGGGACGGCCGAGGAGAAGGGCUGCUAAUCGACCAGCCGCUCUUUGAGGCCGAACUGCUCAGCCCACCUGGGCCGGGGUCUGGAAGCGGUGCUGGCGCCGGGGCCGAGCCAGAGCUUUUCAAAACCACCAACUUCACCAGCUUCAUCCGCCAGCUCAAUCUCUACGGCUUCCGCAAGGUGGUGCUGGGCGGGCCGGGCUCGGCGGGUCCCGGGGCGGGCGGGCCAGCCGGCGACGGGCCGCUCCACCACUUCUACAGCCCGCACUUCCGCCGCGACCAGCCGCAGUUGCUGGUGCACCUCAAGAGACUCACCAGUGCCAACAAGGCCAAGCUGGCGGCCGGCCUGGAGGUGCCCUGCCGGCCGCCCAACCGCUUCCAGAGGCUGCUCAUCACCUCGGCUUCGGCCUCGGCCUCCACCUCCCCCCUGCAGCACCAGGACCCACUGCCGCCGCCCGCAGGGCCCCGGCCCGAGCCGCACGGAUCAGUGGCUGUAGGACAAUUUCACCGGUCAUUCCGGCGAGAUAGUUUGUCUCCUUAUUCCUAUGUAUCAACUUCAUCCCACAACCACAGCACCUUCCCUCUGAAAGGUUUAGAUCGGACCCCAAUUCCUCCUAGAACAUGGCAGAACUCCCUUGGAAUGCACCCUGGACAAGUGGAGACAUCUCCUACUUUUUCAGAUAAAGGAGUUCCAUUUCCUGUACUGCAGAGAUUUCCCACUGAGGUUACCUAUACGUUGCAGCCCAGUGCCACAUCUGUACAUGUUCAACAAGGUACUCAAACAAUGGUCAGCUCCUCCCAAAAAUAUAGUAACUACACACCCUCAGCACAGUACUCCCAAGCCUACUAUCCAACAGCUGUGCUACAGUGCUGCUCUCCUUCCACACACAUGGACCCUCUAAGUAGUUGUGUCACUCCCACUGCCUCUUCCUAUGCACACUGCAAUUACUUCCAGAAUCCUCCAAUGCAGUCUUCCUAUCCAGUUGAAUUUCUGCCUUCUAAUUGGCCUUGCAGUGCUACUGAUGAAAAUAAAAAGACAGAAGUAAACCUAGAGGCUGUCUUUCAGAUAGUAGAUGAAUUGCAUUCCUCCCCUAAAUUGGAGAUGGUAAAGGUGGAGCCUGUUGAGAAUCAGUGCUCAACAUCUCAGUCUAACAGAGGCCAACAUAUCCUAGCUGAUUCAAACAACACCAAUCCAUCUUCCAUGGGUCAGGCUAGCCAGCUGGAGCCACUUACUCCUGUAGGCUCAGAUAUUACAUCUUUUGUGGUUGGAACAGAACAAGCAAUUACCUGCUCUUUACCCCAGUCACCUGAGUACAUCUAUACCAUCCACACAGCUCAGCCUGUGGAAAAUAGCACAAUGCAAGAAUCUGCAGCCAUCCAACAAACUCAUGUCAAACUGAAGGAGCAGCUAAGCCAUAAUCCAUCUCCGUCUUCAGUAGUAUUUAUGCAGGAAGGGCUACCAUUCAGCACACAUCAGGUGGAUACCAAUAUAAAAUGCCAGACCAAUCCACCUGAGAAUAUCUUGCCUUCAGAACAGAUGGGAUUCCUCAUUUCAGAAAUGGGGCCUGCUAGCAAGCCCAGUAAAGAUGUAGGUUUAUCUACUCCAGCCAGAUACAGAGAGCGAAGAAGCAACUCACAACAAGGAAAGUCUCUUGAUCUUCAUCUGCUGGUGGACGUGGCCUGCAAGCAGGAGCACUUUCCAAAGGAGGAAGAAUUAAAAGAGUGAGGAAUGGAUGACAAAUGUGACAUUGUGCACUAGCUAUAGCUGGAGGCAGACUAGCCUUGCACAUGACACACUGUUAGGAUUUUUCCAGUUCUGUUAAGGAAAAAAAAGUAUUUUUUGUUUUGUUAAUUGAGAAUUUUGUUAAUUGAAAAUUGGAAGUUUGGUAUUUACUACAACUGUUCAGUUCAGAUUAUUUACCUUGACAAACUACUAAACAUCUAGCAGCCAUGGUUUUUUUGCUGCUCAGAUCCCUUUCAAAUGAAAAGUCCUGGCCUUCUGUCACAGUCAAGAAGCAUUUAAAAACUGUUGCAUUGAUGGUACUGAAGCAAAAUGUGUGUGUGCUGAGUUGUCGUGCCAGUCUCAAACUGUGGUCAGCACAACUUCUGUCUAUCUGUCUCAAGUCACAGUGUGAUCCUUUAGAGAAGAUGGUGUAAGAAACAAAGACAUGUGAGGUCACCAAGAUCACAGGUCUAAAUGGGUCAGGAAUUCCAGGGAAGAAACUCUGGGAAAGAGCUAAUUUUCCAAGUGAUUAAACCAGGAAAUUCUCUUACUUCCUAACCCAGCAUUCUGUUUCAAGAGCAAGGCAUCCGGACUUGGACCAUCCAUCACUUUUAACAGCCCUUGAUUCUUUUAUAUUAAUCGGAGCAUUUUUCUAUUUUCAUAUCUUUCUUUAAUUUUAAUGAUACAUUAUCAUAAAUUGUAAGAAGGUUUUGUUAAUAUCACUUGCUUAAAUGUCUUCUAAAGAAAAAUAUUUAACUUGUUUAAUUACAUUUAUAAAUGCUGGUAGAUUUAAAGGUUUUAAAGCUUUAUAUUUUUAUUAAUAUUGCAGGAUAGAAGGAUAAAGGAUGCAUGUGUAAUAUUUUUAUUUUGAAGGGGAAAUGUACAAUGUGUGAAAAGAAAACAUUAAGAGAUUUAACACAGUGUUUUCUUAUUUUAGAUUUUUACAUUCAACAAGUACAAAUUCUCACCUAUGUGAGGUAUUGUGUGCAAAUUUUGGGGAAAACUGAUUAGUUGUCAUUUAGCAGAAACUAUGCUGUGAUUUUUUUUAAUAGUUUAUAUGUGGCUUAAGCUUCUGAAUUUUGUAUAGUGGGAUAGACUAUAACAUUUUUUCUUGUCCCCUCUGUAGGGUUCUAAAUUUGAGUAGUAGGAUUGUGGGACUCUGUUUAAGGAGAGGAGGACAUUUUGGAUGUCCAGUUGAUCCUUUAUUUUCCCAUCCAAUGACAGCAAGAACCUUUCUGAUUUAAAGUCUUUUAAAUUAACUAGAAUUUUCUUUAGGAUUCUGCCUUAGUUUUCCUAAUAAGCACUGCAGAAACAAAAGGAAAGCUUAGGACUAUGAAACUAAUGAAAAAGAAAUGGCACUUAGUAAUAUGACAUAAGUACUAUGCUAGCCAUUGUGGAUGUAACAGUUCAUUUCUUUUAUUGCAUUGUCCCUUCCCAAUGAUGUCAAACCCUAGAAGUGUAACAGAAAUCUAGCUUUUUUGGAAAAGGGUGAGCUCUGUAUUGGUCUGCAGUGACUCAGUGUAGAUGUGAAAGUAGGUACUGAAAAGUGACUGACUGGUCCAUCCGAUUAGACUAGUUGAUGCCCAUGUUAUGUGCGUUUAUUCAUCUUUAUUAGCAAGGCUUAAAAGAUGAACAAAUUAUCAAAAUAUCUACAUCUUUUGGCCAAGCUGUAUAUUUUGGCAGAGUAUGUGAGGGAAGAGACCCAAUUUCCUAAUGAAGGAACUUUGCCUCUUCUCUGUCAUGUUGACAAGCUGGUAAACUGUCUAGGUGUAUUCCUUCCCUUCACUGUGCCUUUCUUAGCUUUAUAUAUGUUGUAAGAGAUAUCUUUUGAGGAACACGUGUCAAGCGAGAACCUUGGCAUAGAUUUGGUUUUGGUGGUUUGAAGGCUUAAUUAAUGAAAUGCCUUGAUCAGCAUUCCAAACUUUUUUUUAUAUAUGAAUACACCAGACCAAGGAGCUGGAUCCCAAGGAGCUGGAUCUCCUGCUAUACUCACAUGCCUGGUACCUAUCAACUAAAGCUAUCAUCAAUGGCAAGAGGUAAAAUCUUCAUGUGAAUUAGCCAGUAGGGUCUGACACAUACUAACAAGGUUCCUAACUAGCACCUCAGUAUUUCAGCACCUUAAGCACCAAUAAAUUUCAAUCACUCAACAAUAAAGUGAGUGUUCCAACU